AUGCCUGCCGUUGAUCUCGCCUCCGUUCCCGCUGUCUCCAGCAAGGAGAUUGCUGAGUCCGUCUCUCUGCUCGAGGGCGCUCUCAAGAACCUCAACCUGGCCUCUGAGCAGGCUGAGGUAAACACCAUCACUACCAGCCUGACGCAGAUGCUCUCUGGUCCUAUUCCCGAGCAGGUGCUUCCUCUCAAGGCCGUUGAAGCGCUUACAGCCCAGCUUGCCAAGAAGAAAGACCCCAAUGCUCAACUGCGCGCCGCCCAGGCAGUUCGUGCCAUCGCUUCUCACCCCACCAUCGCCCCUGGUGUUGAGCCCCAUCUUCUUACUUUGCUUCGGUCCGUCCUUGCGGUCAGCGGCACCAAGACAAUCAAGAAUAAGCCCAAUCCCACGAAGGAAGAGGCUGAUCAGGCUGCUCUAGCCAUUGUCAGGAACAUCAACGGCAACGCUGUCAAGGCCGUCAUUCCUAUUCUUCUGGACUCUCUUGACAGGACGAAGAAUGAGGGAGAGAUUAUCGCAGCGCUCGACUGCAUUGAAGAGCUCGUCAAGUCAUCCCCUGUUCAGAUGGCGUUCCGUGUUCCUGACAUGAUUCCCCCUCUUUCGGCGGCUAUGGGAGACUCCAGCAAGGACGCCACGAAAAAGAUUCGUGGGAAUGAUUACAUUCCUGCUAAGCCCGCGAAGGGCAAUAAGCCCGAGCAACCGGCAGAGCCAGCGAGGAUCGGUACUCUUGAGAUCGUUUGCGGCCUGAUCAUCAACAAGGAUAUUGAAAAAUUCAUUCCCGAGCUCGUCCAGUGUAUCGCUUUUCCCGAAAAGAAAGUUCCCGAGACUAUUCAUCUGCUCGGCGCUACCACUUUCGUUUCCGAAGUCACCGGCCCGACACUCGCCAUCAUGACUCCCCUGCUUGAGCGUGGUCUCGCUCAUGAUCAGCCCACGCCCAUCAAGCGCAAGGCUGCUGUUAUCAUCGACAACAUGUGUAAACUCGUGGAUGAUCCUCAGAUUGUUGCGCCCUUCAUGCCUAUUUUGAGGCCCAAGCUCGAGAAGAACUACAACGAGAUCGCCGACAAUGAAGCCCGUGACAAGACUGGGCAGGCAUUGAAAACUCUCCUGCGUGUUGGUGGUGUCAAGGAUCCGAAGGAUCCGAAAAACCCCGAGAUCUCGACUGCCGGCGACAUUGGCACUAUUCGAGACAUCUUGAAGGAUAUCCUCGCCGCCAAGUUCAAGUCCGAGGCUGAGAAGUCCGAGGCCGUUGUCGACUACGUUUCUGCUAUCGCCGGUCAGCUCGUUGACGAGAAGAUUGGCGAGUCUGCUGACUGGACCCGCAAUGUUCUUCCUUACAUCACCGCCAUUAUUGGUGAAGGUGAGGCCUCGGCCAUUGUGGAUACUCUCCGCAAACGCGCUUCUCCCCUGGCCGCCGAAGAGGAAGCGGUUGAAUCCGAUGAAGAGGAGGGUGAGGAUCUUUGCAACUGUACCUUCUCGCUUGCCUAUGGUGCCAAGACCCUUCUCAACCAGACAUCCCUCCGCUUGAAGCGUGGCCAGCGUUACGGUCUGCUUGGACCUAACGGUUCUGGAAAGACCACACUCAUGCGUGCCAUCAACAACGAGCAGCUCGAGGGUUUCCCCAAGAAGGACGAGGUCAAGACCGUCUACGUCGAGCACGACUUGGACUCUGCCGACACUGAGCAGACCGUUGUUGGCUGGACCAUGAAGAAGCUUCGUGAGGUUGGCCUUGAACCCGUCCAGGCGGAGGUCGAGGCUAAGCUUGAGGAGUUCGGUUUCCUUCGUGCUCAAUUCGAGGGUCCCAUCACCGCCCUGUCUGGUGGUUGGAAGAUGAAGCUCGCUCUUUGCCGUGCCGUUUUCGAGAACCCGGAUAUCCUCCUCCUUGACGAGCCCACCAACCACUUGGACGUCAAGAACGUCGCUUGGUUGGAGAACUACCUCCGCACCUCUCCUUGCACCUCCAUCAUCGUUUCCCACGACAGCAAGUUCCUCGACAAUGUUCUCCAGCACGUUAUCCACUACGAGCGCUUCAAGCUCAAGCGUUACCGUGGUACCCUGAGCGAGUUCGUCAAGCGUGUUCCCUCUGCUCGCUCUUACUACGAGCUCGGUGCUAGUGACUUGGAGUUCAAGUUCCCCGCGCCUGGUCUUCUCGAUGGUGUCAAAACCAAGUCCAAGGCCAUUAUCCGUGUCAACAACAUGUGCUACCGUUAUCCUUCUGCGGAAGAGGAUCAGAUCAAGGACAUCACCUUCCAGGUUUCUCUGAGUUCUCGUAUCGCUGUCAUUGGUCCUAACGGUGCAGGUAAGUCUACUCUUGUGGACGUCCUGGCUGGAGAGAAGGUCGCCACCGCCGGUGAGGUCUACCAGCACGAGAACAUCCGUAUUGCCUACAUUAAGCAGCACGCUUUCGCCCACAUUGAUCACCACCUCGAUAAGACUCCCUCCGAGUACAUCCAAUGGCGAUUCCAGACUGGCGAGGACCGCGAGACCUUGGACCGUGAGAACAAGCACAUGACCGCGGAAGACGAGAAGGCGGAGUUGAAGGUCUACAACAUCGAAGGUACCCCCCGUCGUGUUGCCAGUGUCCUUAGCCGUCGCAAGUACAAGAACACCUACGAGUACGAGUGUACCUUCUUGCUCGGUGAGAACCUUGGCAUGAAGAGCGAGAAGUGGACGCCAAUGAUGUCCGUGGACAAUGCCUGGAUUCCUCGUAACGAGAUCAUCGAGUCUCACGCCAAGAAGGUCGCCGAGGUUGACGCGAGAGUUGCCGCGGAAAGCGCUGACGUCCGUCCAUUGGUCCGCACGGAGAUUGAGAAGCACUGCGCCAAUUUCGGUCUCGAUUCCGAACUUGUCUCCCACUCCCAGAUGCGUGGUCUCUCCGGUGGUCAGCGUGUCAAGGUUGUCCUUGCCGCUUGCUCAUGGCAGCUCCCCCACGUGAUCGUUCUCGACGAACCCACUAACUACCUCGACCGUGACUCCCUUGGUGCUCUCUCCAAGGCCAUCAAGGCUUUCGAGGGUGGUGUUGUCAUCAUCACCCACUCUGCUGAGUUCACUAAGGACCUUACCGACGAAGUCUGGGCUGUCAUGGACGGAAAGAUGACUCCUUCCGGACACAACUGGGUACAGGGGCAAGGAACUGGUGAGAGAUUGAAGGAAAAGGAGGAGGCUGAGGAGGUUUUCGACGCCAUGGGUAAUAAGAUUGUGGUUGAGAAGAAGGUCAAGCUAUCUUCCAGUGACAAGCGCAAACAGAAAAAGGCGCGUCUCGCAAAGAAGAAGCGUGGAGAGGAUGUUGACGACGAGGAGGACUUUUAG